AUGGGCCCUAAGGUAGACAUGAAAAAGAUAGAGAAUCCCACAAAAUGUCAAGUGGCAUUCUCUAAGCGUAGAAGUAGUCUCUUCAGGAGGGCCCAUGAAAUCUCAGUCCUAUGUGAUGUGGAUCUCGCGCUCAUAGCCUUCUCUCCCUCUGGUCGCCUUAACAAGUUUUGUAGCCGAAAGAGGAUUGAAGAUGUGAUGCUACGAUAUAUUGACCUGCCACCAGAUAAAAGAUUUCGAAUCAGUGUAAGUUCUUUUGUCCCUGAAUUUCCCUUUGAACAAAUUAUUGACAUUGUGUUGAUCAUUAUCUUGAUGUUUAAUAACUUCGAUUAUGUUUCUCCAAAGCUUACUGAGCUAAAGUUAAAGAAGUCCAAAAUCGAACAUGAGAUUCUCGAAGCCAAUCUCAGAAAUUAUGAGCCAGAACCAGAACGUGAUCCUUCACUAGCUCAACUCUUAUGGUGCGAGAAAAACUUGAAAACCUCUUUGCAAAGGGUCAUGAAUAAAAAAAGAACUUUGCUUGGGAAUUUGGCAUCUCCACACGGGGAUUUCAAAGUUUCGGGUCAUGAUCAGGCAAAGCAGAUGGUGGGGAUUAGCGGUCAAGUUCUUGCACCUAUUUCCCGCGACUGUAGUCAGAAUGAACUAAACAUUGCAACUCAAAACCCUGCUUUUAGCAAUCUUAUAAUGCAACUAGAUCCCUGGAUUAGUCCUUACAGUUCCAAGGUUCGUGAGAGAAUACUUAAAAACCUAGAAGAACAGGCAAAGGGUAUAUCAGUUGGUAAUGGCCAAAUUGGUGCACCCAACUUCACCAUGACUGGCUUGCCUUCUGUAUAUCAAUCUGGACUCCCAUUCACAACAUCAGAAACCUAUGUUCCACCAGGUUACACUCAUGCUUUGACUCAGCCUCCAGCCAUAAUCAACAAUCAAAUUGCCCCUAUAAUUCCUAAUCAGCCUUUGGGAGUGUUAGACAGCACAUCCAUGAACAAUCUUGACUGGCAAAAUAGUUUGGCACCAAUGACUUGGUUGAACGAGAAUCCUAAUGAGGUUAACCAGGUCACAUAUGGAAAUAGCAAUACCUCUCAGACUAUGAAUAUGAAUCUACCUUUGACCUCUGAAGGGGUUUUGUCUCCCCCAGGGUAUGAACCUUUCUUUAGUAAUAAUACUGUUUCCACCAGCUCCUACAGCAACAACAACAACAACAACAGCAAAAAUGGUGAUAUUGAUGCAAAUGAGAAACUCCUAGGAUCUCCUAGUCAAGUGCUUCCACUGCCUGAAUCUUCGAAGGACUUGCAAUUGCCCAUUUACAUUUCUAAUGAAGGUGUGAUGGGUUAUGAGUCAAAUGGCACACUCAUGAAUAAUGCAACAAACAAGGACGUUGGCUCAAGGGAAUGGGAUGACCUUGUCUCAGCAAAAAACUUUCACUUGGAGGAUCUUGAUGAUUUACUCUGA